CAAUUUUUGUAAUUUCUCCAAUCAUUACACAUCGUACUUGUAUGCAGAGAUAUCAGAAAAUGGUCCGAGACUUAGUUAGUGACAUCAAACUUUUGAACAGAGUGAAUGUGCACAUCAAAGACAAAACAAGAGUGAAUGAAAUACUUGGUAAAAUUGUAGAAGGAGGUUUUAAGCAAUUACAAAUUGUGUCAGACUUUGAUCAAACUAUCACCAAGCAACAUGAGAAUGGAAAAAAACAUCUGAGUAGUUUUGGGAUAUUCAGGUGCUGUCCAUCGCUACCCAAAGAACACGUAGAAUUAACCGACUCCUUCGCUAGAAAAUAUAAGCCCAUAGAAUGCGACCUUACGAUACCAAUAGAAGAAAGAAAGAAGCAUAUGGAGGAAUGGUAUUCCGACACGGAAAAAUCACUUAAGGGCAUAGAAAUAAGUCCAGAGGAAAUCAGCGACAUAGCGAAAAAAUACGGACCAUGCCUUAGAGAUGGGUGUAAAAAAAUAUUUCAAUCUCUAGAGGAGAAGAAUGUGCCUGUACUAGUAUUUUCCGCUGGUCUAGGUGAUACUGUUGUUGCUUUAUUGAAGCACAAUGGAAUUUAUCGCACAAAUGUCAAGGUUGUAUCUAACUUUUUGGAUUUCGACAAGAACAAUGUCGUACAGGGUUUUCAAGGCAAACUCAUUCACAUCUAUAGCAAAAACGAGCAUGCCCUGGAGGGUACAGAUUAUUUCAAACUCAUUUCCCAGCGUAAUAAUGUGAUAUUGUUGGGAGAUUCCAUUGGAGACGCUGGAAUGGCUGAUGGUCUUCCCAAUACAAAUGCUGUGCUCAAAAUAGGUUUCUUAUACUUUGAAAAAGAUUUGGCUGAAAAAAAAUUAUCUGACUAUUUGAACUACUUCGACAUAGUACUGGAAGAUGAUCAAACGAUGGAUGUCCUGGGGUCCAUCUUAGCACUUUUGGAAUGAGCGAUUUACCACACCUUGUAAACACACAUAUAUUCAAAUUAAUAUAUAUCUAUAUAUAAAUUAUUUACUCUCUGUUCAUUUCCAAAUUUUAUUUUUAUAUUGAAAUAUAUCUAGUUUUUUUUUUCCAUAUUUUCUCUGAAAUGUUGUAAAUAUUCAUUUAAAAUGCUGCAAAUUAAGAACACUGAAACAUAGAAUUCUGUAAUAUAUUAAAAUUCACAAAUAAGAUGACUUCAGUUUGAA